UCUUCUUUUCUCCUUGUAGGAUAAGGAUAAUGUUGAUCUUUUUCUUGCUGCUGCACAUAUGGGUGUCUCAGUAUUUCAAAAUGGCUCAAAGAUCAACACUUUUUCCUGGGCAAAAAUUAGAAAACUUAGUUUCAAGAGAAAGAGAUUUCUUCUGAAGCUACAUCCAGAGAUAUUUGGUCACUACAAGGAUGUUGUCGAAUUCCAAAUGGCAAGCAGGAAUGCUUGUAAAAGUUUCUGGAAAAUAGCAAUUACCACGCAUGCCUUCUUUAGACAAAAUGCAGGCAAACCUAUAGCAAAGACUGGCCCAAGACUCCUAAGCAGAGGGUCUUCAUUCAGAUAUAGUGGAAGAACACAAAAACAAAUCAUUGAAGGAUGUCGGACAACCUUCAGACAGCAGCCAUUGUUUCAGAGAUCGCAAAGCAUGAAAACACCGACAAGACAUAAUUCUGUUGGAAACUCCUCACAGCCAUCACCAAGGUUAUUGGCGGGAUAUGGUAAUGUCGAAACAAGGAUAGUAGAGAGCACACCUCCACGGCCUCUUAUACCCCACCAGGAACUCGAAGAAAAACAGCUUUCAUCCCUAAAUGGGCCAACCACAAGUAUUGAGCAUGAAGAGAGACCACAUGAAACCCCACCCGAGGAAGAGUUUGUCACAGAACCAUUACCAGAAAAUAAGGGUGCUAUUCCACUCCAGGAUCUUGAUGAUGAACCUGACAUGACAAGGGAGGAGUCUGACACACCCUCUGAAGCUCAAUCAGAGGCAGACCUUGAAUGGCAGGCAGAGCCACUGCAUGCGGCAGUGGCUGGCACAACUGAGGCAGCAGUAAACAUGUCAGUUCCCAAGGAAACUGUUGAUGAUCAUGCUGAUGAGGGAGUGGGGGAUGUUGAUGAAGGAUUUGAACAUGGUACACCUUUGAACUAUUACGGUGAAGAUGAUGAUCAGGACGUUGAAGAAGAACUUUUAGUUCCUGAAGGUUGUGUGCGCAUUGAGUACCAACCGCAACCUAAACCACCGUCGCCAGUGGAAGUGAGUGAUGUUGACACAUUGUCACCUCCUCCACCUUCCCCUCCCCCACCACCAGAGGACGAUGAAAUCCCUGAAGGGAUGAGAGACGAUGGAGAAGGACAGGAAUUUCCAUCACCACCACCAGAACUUUUACCUUCACCUCCUCCAGAGCUGCUGAAUGAUAUCGAAAAACCAGAAGUUGAGCACCCUCCUGUGGUAGUACCACACAAUGGUUUCCAACCAGAAAACAGGGAAGUCAAGAGAGAUUCGGCAAAACUGAAUAUCACAUGCAGUAGUAUAGUCACAAAAGUACAGAAUGGUGGAGUGUCCAGACAUAGUAAAGGCAGUAGAGGCUCUCGUCACAGCACAGACAGUGGCACAACGUCAGACUCCAAUGAAACAAGAGACACUGUAUUUGACGAUCUAAGUUCUCCAUUCCGCAGCGACCUGGAAGCAUCACCCCCUAUGACACCAACCACCCCUCCCUUAUUCCAAAAGGGUGCCUAUAUCUCAAAGGAGUUGUACAGUGCUGCUCAUAAUGUUGCCAGAGAGCUCUUAAAUACGGAAAGAACGUUUAUCAAAGAUCUUGAAGUCAUAACCAUUGCCUUUCGAGAUGUUAUCAGUAACGAUGGUGUUCUUCCUGAGAUAACAAGGAAGCUUCUUUUUUCCACGUUUGAUCCCAUUUAUGACUUUCACUGCUCAUUCCUGUCCGAGUUGGAGCAGAGAAUGAAUCUAUGGGAUGCAAGUGGAGCAUCUAAGACUGACGAGAGUCCAAGAAUGGGAGACCUUAUGCUACGUAACAUGAAGCAGUUAAAGCGGUACCUGCAUCAUCUCAAGAGGCAUGAUCAAGUUAUGCUUGAGUUAGAGGAUGCUACAAGAAACAACAAGGACUUCGAGGUCGUUUACAAAGAAUUUGAGACUCAAAAAGUUUGUUAUCUACCAUUCAAUGCUUUCAUUUUGAAGCCGUCCCAGAGAAUAGUCCAUUACAAGUUCCUUCUAGAAAGACUUUUAAAGUUUUAUCCUAAGGAUGAUAUCGACUACCAAGACACCCAAAGUGCUUUGGAUGAAGUGAACGAGGCGGUCAAAGGUGUAGAAGAAAGCAUAAGGAAGCUAGAGAACUUUCAAAAGAUUAUUGAGCUUGAAAGAGAUCUACUUGGGAUUGAGAACCUUGUUCAAGCUGGAAGGGAAUUUAUCCGGGAGGGAUGUCUUCAGAAGCUAGAUAGAAAAGGACCGCAACCGAGGAUGUUUUUCCUGUUUUCAGAUAUUCUUAUUUACACUUGUAAAGGCGUGACUCUAACGAAUCAGUUCAGAGUGCGAGGUCAGAUACCUCUGGAUUCUGUCAGGCUUGAAAACAAUGGUCCAGAGAUGCACGGGCUCUAUUCAUUCGCUGUUAUCGCAGAAGGCAAAGAAUUCCUCUUAGCUGCAAACUCGGAGGAGGAAAAAUACAAAUGGGUGGAGGAUCUCAAAAGAGCUGUAAAACAGGCUAAAGAUCGGGUUUUCUGUGGCGCUUGCUCGCAGAAGAGAUCCAACCUGGCAUAUCGCACACCCAACGUGAGAUCAACAAGAUACCUUUGUGAAGAGUGCUACAACGUCCUCGAGCAGGAGAAUUUACUUAAUGGAGACUCGCCCUACCCCCAGAUGGGGCCAAUAGGCAAGGUGCUGCCCUUACCCACCCCGGUGGAGAUAGCAGAGAGAACGGAUGGUAACGGGUCAGAUGAUGAUAUUGGUACAAGUCCUGUCUCGAGCCUGGACAAGAGACACGCCCACACGCAUACUAUGUCCACGCGGAGAGUUUGUUGGCAUAGAAACACAAGUAUCAGUAUGACAGAGCACUCGCUUUCUGUUAGAAAUCAAAUGAGCGGAGAAUUGUUAAGGAAAUUCAAGACAGGGAAUCGAUGGCAGAAGUUGUGGGUUGUGUUUACGAACUUUUGUCUCUUCUUCUACAAGACACACGAGGACGAGUUUCCACUGGCCAGCUUACCGCUGAUUGGUUAUUCAGUGGCCAGGCCGGUCGAGGCUGAUGGCAUCGACAAGGAUCUGGUGUUCAAACUCCAAUACAAGACGCAUGUAUACUUCUUCAGAGCAGAGAAUGAGUACACCUUCUUCAGGUGGAUGGAGGUGAUCGCAAGUGCAACCCAAAGCUCUUCAAGAGUUCGUAUUUUUAGCCGCCAGAUCAGUGCUGUUCCCUAGAUGAAUUUAUAAUUUAAGCAGGGCAGUCGGCUUGUCAGCCGGCCUGCCUGCUUGCCUGCUAGCUGAGAGGUAUUAUAAUAAUCUUUUUAUCAUGUAUACACUUGCCGUAUCCUAAAGUAAAGCAAUCGUGCAGGCUUGAAAGAGAUGCUCCCGAUAAAUGAGAAUUUAGUUACGUGUGUGUGUCGUAAUUUCGUUUUCAAGACGGUGGAUAGUCCAUCUCAGACGAAUUGUGAAGGACGAACAUCCAGGAAAUGUUGUGGAAGUGUAGGGAGUUUAGUAACCCAAAUGCCUUUUUGAGCGCAAACGCUAUAGAAUUAUAUUUUGUACGUAUUCUCUGAUUCUCUCAGUCUUUGCACCAAACAAGCUUUUAUCUAGUAAUACACUUCUUCGCAUUCGAUGCGCACGUUUUAGUCUAAACAGUAGACAGAGAUAUGGUAUUUAUUGCACGGUGUAAACACCAGUAAUUUCCGCCUCAAGCGCGGUGCGUAGCGAUCGAAUUGAGUGGUUAUUCACCCAGAAUCGCCUGCAGUACAGUUAACAUAGCCAGGGUGCCAGGGGCAUUUUCGAGUUACUCUAGCCUCUGUUUCACAACGAUAGUUACUGCAACAUGUUCAUUUGUAUGCUCGGCAAGCUCUCUAUUCAAGGGUUUUGCUUGGAGUGUUAAUUGAAACAGAUUCAAAGGGCUCAGAAAUAGCCAAUGGUUUUUGUGCUUAAUUGCGGCGUUUCUUUGAGUCGUCACGCUGCGUUACAUGAAUGCAUUGCGUGACUUUCCAAGCAAAGUCUGUGGACACUGCUUGUGUUACUCCUAGGCGAAAAAAGAACGUGUUUGCCUUUGAGCAAACGUCGACGAAACUGAUUGUUCUACCAGCUCUGUUGCGCGUGUUUGAGACUUGAAACCAGGAGAGAACUUAUAAAAAAGCUUGCACUGUUGUAGUCUAUAUUGUUUAAAGUUAUAAUACACCUAAAGUUCAUUGUACGUUCAAAUAAAAAUUUGGAACGAAAGUGACGAAUUAAAUGACGUGUGAAAUUGUGAGGGGACCUCAUGAAAAUACAGCGAAGUGGUCUCGAUCUUGAACGUGUGGCCGUGAGCAGGCUAACGUGGCCCCGAGUUAACUUGUUGCGCGUGUUUGAGACUUGAAACCAGGAGAGAACUUAUAAAAAAGCUUGCACUGUUGUAGUCUAAAUCAAUCUCUUAAAAGUUGCACUGAAAAGCGACUUGAAACUGUUGGUACGGAGAUUUCAGUUUAUUAUUCAAUUUUAAUUUAAAGUAUUUACAGUUUGGUUUUCAUUUUCAUGCUAGAAAACCAAUCAAUUGUUGAAAUAUAGGUUAUCGUAUUGGUUUUCAGAGUUUUACCAAAUUUAAAAUGUUUAAUAUCAUACGUAGCAGAAAUCGCAUAGAAAGUCCAGAGGUCUUGUACAGUGCCUAGGAGAGCGUGCACGCGGGUCUUUUUAGGAUUUUUAAGAAAGAAAGUAUAAGAGCAAUGCCCUCUAUUUUAAACCUGGAGAGAGACCUUAAUAACGCGGUGAAACUCACCAUAUUGAAAACACGCUAAGUGGAGAGUUGCAUGGUAAUUACGGCAUGGAUAUACGUGAAAUUUAAUUUCGGCAUUUUUAUGUCUGGGAAAGUGGGGAGGGAGGGUGGCAACAUUGCAUUUGUAAUUUUCUAUACGUCUGCGAAAUGACAUGCCGUCAUAUGCGCUUACCAUGUUCAAAUUGCAUCAAUAACAUCGUAGGUUUGCAAUUCACAACGCAGAAAUUUAUAUCAUGAAAGUUCGCGCGGACUGUUUCCCCCACUUUCAAUAUGGCGAAUUUUCCCCGCGAAAAUCUCUCUUCCCAAUUUUUUAAAACACAUUGGUAGUGGACGAGGUUUAGAAAUUGCUAAGGCUUAGUGGACAGGUCACAAAUAGUGCAAUCCCGAUAUAGCGAAAUCGGAGGAAGCCAACACGCGGUUGUACCAAAUACUCAGAUGAAAAAAUUGAAUGGCACUGCUUUACCUGAAGUCGAAGGAAAGUUAAAUAUGAAAACUAAGUCAAAUGAAAGAAGAAAAAUUGCCAAAGAUGUCAGAAAGCUUUAAAGAACGAUCGGGGUUGCAGUGUUUUAAGGCCUGAAUUAAUCGUGGACUUUGUAGUAUUGACUUGGAGGAAAUUGCUCUUGCUUAGCGUAUUUUAUUCCCAGCUAGCAGAGUAUACAUUGAAUUUGCUGUAUUUGGCAAUGGCACGGUUAGUAACACAGCGGAUUCUCAUCAUAUCACGUUACAGCGUGACAACUUUCUGAGAAUCGAUGACGCGUUACCUGCCGUUCGUCGUCUUCGGUUCCAGUCUCACUCAGUGAAGAGAGGACUCUCUGGGCUUGGUCUCAGUCCUCCGAAUACCGUAGGGGGGUUUGUAGACGAAGUAACCCGUAUAAUGUAACCCGUAUAUGUGUGUAAGUUGUAAGGCGACCAUGUAAGCAGGGAAGUUUGUAUCGGAGAUUUGAAUUUUUGUACAGAAUAUCCUUAACAAAGGCUCAAUAAAUGUUAAAUUUAUAUUGUUUAAAGUUAUAAUACACCUAAAGUUCAUUGUACGUUCAAAUAAAAAUUUGGAACGAAAGUGACGAAUUAAAUGACGUGUGAAAUUGUGAGGGGACCUCAUGAAAAUACAGCGAAGUGGUCUCGAUCUUGAACGUGUGGCCGUGAGCAGGCUAACGUGGCCCCGAGUUAACUUGUUGCGCGUGUUUGAGACUUGAAACCAGGAGAGAACUUAUAAAAAAGCUUGCACUGUUGUAGUCUAAAUCAAUCUCUUAAAAGUUGCACUGAAAAGCGACUUGAAACUGUUGGUACGGAGAUUUCAGUUUAUUAUUCAAUUUUAAUUUAAAGUAUUUACAGUUUGGUUUUCAUUUUCAUGCUAGAAAACCAAUCAAUUGUUGAAAUAUAGGUUAUCGUAUUGGUUUUCAGAGUUUUACCAAAUUUAAAAUGUUUAAUAUCAUACGUAGCAGAAAUCGCAUAGAAAGUCCAGAGGUCUUGUACAGUGCCUAGGAGAGCGUGCACGCGGGUCUUUUUAGGAUUUUUAAGAAAGAAAGUAUAAGAGCAAUGCCCUCUAUUUUAAACCUGGAGAGAGACCUUAAUAACGCGGUGAAACUCACCAUAUUGAAAACACGCUAAGUGGAGAGUUGCAUGGUAAUUACGGCAUGGAUAUACGUGAAAUUUAAUUUCGGCAUUUUUAUGUCUGGGAAAGUGGGGAGGGAGGGUGGCAACAUUGCAUUUGUAAUUUUCUAUACGUCUGCGAAAUGACAUGCCGUCAUAUGCGCUUACCAUGUUCAAAUUGCAUCAAUAACAUCGUAGGUUUGCAAUUCACAACGCAGAAAUUUAUAUCAUGAAAGUUCGCGCGGACUGUUUCCCCCACUUUCAAUAUGGCGAAUUUUCCCCGCGAAAAUCUCUCUUCCCAAUUUUUUAAAACACAUUGGUAGUGGACGAGGUUUAGAAAUUGCUAAGGCUUAGUGGACAGGUCACAAAUAGUGCAAUCCCGAUAUAGCGAAAUCGGAGGAAGCCAACACGCGGUUGUACCAAAUACUCAGAUGAAAAAAUUGAAUGGCACUGCUUUACCUGAAGUCGAAGGAAAGUUAAAUAUGAAAACUAAGUCAAAUGAAAGAAGAAAAAUUGCCAAAGAUGUCAGAAAGCUUUAAAGAACGAUCGGGGUUGCAGUGUUUUAAGGCCUGAAUUAAUCGUGGACUUUGUAGUAUUGACUUGGAGGAAAUUGCUCUUGCUUAGCGUAUUUUAUUCCCAGCUAGCAGAGUAUACAUUGAAUUUGCUGUAUUUGGCAAUGGCACGGUUAGUAACACAGCGGAUUCUCAUCAUAUCACGUUACAGCGUGACAACUUUCUGAGAAUCGAUGACGCGUUACCUGCCGUUCGUCGUCUUCGGUUCCAGUCUCACUCAGUGAAGAGAGGACUCUCUGGGCUUGGUCUCAGUCCUCCGAAUACCGUAGGGGGGUUUGUAGACGAAGUAACCCGUAUAAUGUAACCCGUAUAUGUGUGUAAGUUGUAAGGCGACCAUGUAAGCAGGGAAGUUUGUAUCGGAGAUUUGAAUUUUUGUACAGAAUAUCCUUAACAAAGGCUCAAUAAAUGUUAAAUUUA